AUGUUACCAAAGUCCCCUCGUAAGGGAAAGCUUGUGAACCUCCGGGUUCAAUUACUGGAUGAUAGUUAUCACACUUUUCUAGUACAGGCCAAAGCAAUGGGAAGUGUACUAUGGGAAGAUGUUAUCAAGUCUCUAGAACUUGUAGAAGCGGAUUAUUUCGAUUUGGAAUACAACGAUGAACAAGGAUUGCAGUGCUGGCUUGACCGUGAGAAGCCAAUUCUGAAACAAAUUCCUAACACAGAUACUGUGUUUAGAUUCUGUGUCAAAUUUUAUACACCUGAUCCUGUAUUGUUGGAGGAUGAAUAUACACGCUAUUUAUUUGCCCUCCAAGUGAAAAGGGAUUUACGAACAGAAGAAUUACCUUGCAGUAAUAAUACUCUUGCUCUCUUAGCCUCUUACAUAGUUCAAUCUGAAAUUGGUGAUUUCCUUGAAGAUGAGUACUUAGAUACCUCCUAUUUAACCUCAUGUAAAAUCUUACCACAUCCGUCUCGAGAACUUGAACAGAAGAUAAUGGAGUAUCACAGGCAGCAUAUUGGCCAAGGUCCAUCUGAAGCUGAUAUUAACUUACUUGAUACAGCAAGGAAAAUUGAACAGUAUGGAAUCCGAAAUUUUCCAGCAAAGGACCAUGAAGGAGUACAUUUGAGCUUGGCUGUUGCACACAUGGGAAUUGUUGUUUUCCAAAACUUCACACGAAUAAAUACAUUUUCUUGGGCCAAAAUUAGAAAACUAAGUUUCAAACGGAAAAAAUUUCUCAUUAAGCUUCAUCCUGAAAAUUAUGGUUACUACAAAGACAUAGUUGAAUUUUUCUUUGACAGCCGAAAUGAAUGCAAAGGAUUUUGGAAAAAAUGUAUUGAGCACCAUGCAUUUUUUCGCUGUCAUACUGUCAAGAAACUCCCUCGUAACAAAACAAGAGUUGUCAGUCGAGGAUCUUCCUAUAGGUAUAGUGGUAAAACACAAAAGCAGCUGAUGGAAUAUGUUCGGGAGAAUUACUUUAAAAAGCGGACAUUUGAAAGAUCUGUGAGCGGCCGGAUCAGUAGGAGUACAAGUGCGACGCCUAAAAGUCAUCCCAAAACAACUACUCUUAACUCUUCUGACUUUCACGUGAGUCAGAAUAGUACUGCGUCCAGCGGCUCACAAAUCUUGGCCGACACUACCCACGACAGCAACCAUGUGUUGCCAUCAGCUCGGGUAGAAACUGCUGAGGUGCACAGUGAGAGUUCCUUGUCAGGCAGCCGCUCCCUGGGAUCACCAAAGCUGGAGUCGGCCCGCAGCCACAGCCAGCCCGCCAUCACUUUGGAGCAGGAUGAGAACAGGAAUGACCACCAGGCUCCAGGCAGUUCUCCGCAGAACAUUGACAAAGUGGAGUCCAGUGAUCAUGUCCACAGCAAAAAUGCCAAAUUGGAUUUGAAUGGUUCCUUAAAUAACGGUGACAUCAGAGAUUCCUCCUCCUGCUUCUUGAUGGAUCGAAAAUAUUCUGAACCAAUCCUUAGUCAAAAUGAAGGCAUUGAAGAGAAUGCAAUUAUACGUUCUAAUGAGAUAGAAAAUAUUCCAGAACACAUACGAGAGACGCCUGAGCCAACCUCACCCCAUAAACACAGCCUUACUCGAAGUCAAAGCGUGAAUCCCGAGAAUCAAUAUCACUAUGAUUCUACUCUUCCUCUUCCACCCCCACCCCCACCCCCAGAGGAUGGAAUUGAUGGCGCCGUUCCUUUGUCACCUCCCCAACAGGUGAAAUCAGUAUUAGCUGGUGACAAUGAAACAUUAGCAUCAAGUAAUGUUAGUACUCUUCGCUCUCUGGAUGGUGAGGAGGAAACGAAGAAAAAAAGGGUUAGUAAGCGGCGUGCUCCAACUGACAAAUCCUACUGCAUCACUAAAGAACUCUUGAUGACUGAAAGAACAUUUAAGAAGGAUUUAGAAGUUGUUACACAGGCUUUCAAAAAUACACUGGUUUCUGCAGCAGUUCCAGAAUGCCUUUCACAUCUCUUGUUCUCCUCUUUGGGUCCCAUCUAUGAUUUCCAUUGUACUUUUCUGAGAAAUAUUGAACAAAGAAUUGUUUCUUGGGAAGGAAAGAGUAAUGCCCAUGUAGUACCCGAUUCCCAGAGGAUAGGAGACGUCUUGUUGGGACUUAACAAGAUAUUACCAACUUAUAAGAAUUACUUGGACAGAUUAGAAGAAAUGUUGACCGAGUUGGAAUUAACUGUUAAGAAAAACCGGGAAUUUGAACAACUGUACAAAGAAUUUGAAGCAGAAAAAGCUUGCUAUUUGCCUUUAAAUACAUUUCUUCUUAAACCAGGACAACGACUGCUGCACUAUAAAUUAAUUCUUGAAAGGUUAAUAAAGCAUUAUAACCAAGAUCAUCCUGAUUAUAAUGACUGUCAAGUUGCUCUGAAUAACAUUCUUGAGGUAAUCAAUCAAUUCAGGGAUAAAAUGCAAAAAGUAGAUAAUCUUCAAAAACUGAUAGAACUUCAAAGAGAUCUUGUUGGUAUUGACAGUCUUGUACAUCCUGACCGAGAAUUCAUAAGAGAAGGUUGUCUUCAGAAAUUUUCUCGGAAAGGUUACCAACAAAGAAUGUUUUUCCUGUUUUCAGACAUGCUCAUCUAUACAAGUCGAACAGCAACGUCACUUUUGCAGUUCAAAGUUCAUGGACAGCUGCCGUUACGUGGGAUGAUGGUAGAGGAAUCCGACAUCUCUAAAGUGGCUGUUGCCAAUAGCUUCACAAUAUAUGGUGGGAACAAAUGCAUUCUUGUAGCUGCCAGUUCAGAGGAAGAAAAAGAUAAGUGGAUUGAAGAUCUGAGUUAUUCUAUUUGUAUGGCAAAGAAACAAAAUGAUGAGAAAAUGAAAUAUGGCAGCAUUCGAUCUAACACAAGUUCAACUGAAAAUGUAUCUACAACUGGAUCUUCUGAUACUGAUAAACUAGGUACAUCUCCCCCGAGUCCUGAGAAACAAAUUCAGCAUCGGGGCAACACUACUAUGCAUGUGUGCUGGCACCGCAACACGAGUGUCAGCCUGAGAGACCACGACAAGGCUGUCAAGAAUCAACUAAGUGGAUAUCUUCUGAGAAAAUUUAAAACCAGCAAUGGGUGGCAAAAAUUAUGGGUUGUUUUUACAAAUUUCUGCUUGUUUUUCUACAAAACCUACCAAGAUGAAUUUCCUUUAGCUAGCCUCCCCCUCUUGGGUUAUGCAGUUAAUAUCCCAACAGAAGAAGACAAGAUCACCAAAGAUCAUGUCUUUAAGCUCCAGUUCAAGAAUCAUGUCUAUUUUUUCCGAGCAGAAAGUGAAUAUACAUUCGAAAGAUGGAUUGAAGUAAUCAAAAGUGCCACCAGCAGCGCCCGCAGAUUUCGCCUAUUUAGUCGUCUGGAGAGUGAACACGCUGAGAGAUCGUGA